AACGUGCCGAGAGCCUAGGUGGGCUGGGGGUUCAGUGCGGAGACGGUUCAUGUGGUGUGGCGCGGCGGAGUAGCACUUGCCCCCCCGUUUGUCACAGUCUUCGGCAGCCGCGUCGACUCAACGCGAGCACAUACCCAAUACAAAAUGGGAGUCCAUCCAAGACUACUGCUGUGUGUGUUGCUCACAGCACUGGUCGGCUCCUGGCCCACUGCAGCUCAAAAAACGGAUUGCAGCAAGGCUACUGUGGCUGACAUCGUGUUUCUGAUCGAUGGCUCCUGGAGCAUUGGAAACGUCAACUUCCAGCAGAUGAGAUCAUUCCUCUACACACUGGUGGAGGGACUGGACGUUGCCCCAGACAAAGUCCGAGUUGGUAUGGCCCAGUACAGUGGUGAUGCCCGCACAGAAUUUCUGAUGAACACCUACGCUGACAAGGCAAGCCUCCUGAAUUACCUCAAGACCCUGCCAUACAAGGGGGGAAACACCAAGACGGGCCUGGGCAUAGAGUUCCUCAUGCAGAAUCAUCUGACAGAGGCUGCCGGGAGCAGGAGGGCCCAGAAUGUGCCCCAGGUGGUCAUCAUCAUCACGGAUGGAAAGUCUCAGGAUGACGUGGCUGGGUCUGCAGAGAGGAUGAGGAACAUGGGCGCCUCUGUCUACGCCAUCGGCAUCAAGGAUGCAGACAUCAGUGAGCUGGGACAAAUGGCCAGCAGCCCCGCCAGUAAGUUUGUCUACAACGUGGAUGACUUCAGCGCUCUGGCCGGUAUAUCGGAACAGAUCUUGCAGACCGUGUGCGUCACCGUCGAGGAGAUUACCACACAACUUGUGAUCGACACACAGACAAAGUACGCAGACAUCGUAUUCCUCGUGGACGGGUCGGACAAGGUCGGUGGGAAAAACUUUGCAGAAUUCAGAAACUUCAUAUCCAAAUUUGUCGAUUCACUAGACGUAGGAGAGGACAAAAUUCGUAUUGGCAUCGCCCAGUACAGCGAUGAUAGUGAGGACGGUUUCCUGCUAAAGAGCCACAGCACCAAAAAGCAGGUCAUCAAAGCCAUCAAGAAAAUUCAGUUCAAAGGGGGCGACGCCUACACAGGAAAUGGCCUGCAGCAACUCUUGGAGAGCCAAUUCACAGCAGAAGCUGGCAGUCGGAAGGAUCUGGGGUACCCACAGGUAGCCAUACUGCUCACGGGCAGCUUGUCGGAGGACGAGGUGGAGCAGAGUGGGAAGGAGCUGCGUCAGAGCGGUGUGCGCGUCUACGCAGUGGGAGUGGACCAGGCCGAUGCCACUGAGCUCGAGCAGGUCGGUAGCGAACCGACUGAGGAGCACGUCUUCUAUGUCAGCAACUACGGUGGGCUCGGCGGCCUUCAGAGCAGGAUGAGUCUAAGCCUCGCCACGUUGCUCGGAAGUGCCACGGCAGAGGAAGACGGGGGAGCUUGCAGCAAGGCAAGUGUGGCUGACAUCGUGUUCCUAAUCGAUGGCUCCUGGAGCAUUGGAAACAUCAACUUCCAGCAGAUGAGAUCAUUCCUCUACACACUGGUGGAGGGACUGGACGUUGCCCCAGACAAAGUCCGAGUUGGUAUGGCCCAGUACAGCGGUGAUGCCCGCACAGAAUUUCUGAUGAACACCUACGCUGACAAGGCAAGCCUCCUGAAUUACCUCAAGACCCUGCCAUACAAGGGGGGAAACACUAAGACGGGCCUGGGCAUAGAGUUCCUCAUGCAGAAUCAUCUGACAGAGGCUGCCGGGAGCAGGAGGGCCCAGAAUGUGCCCCAGGUGGUCAUCAUCAUCACGGAUGGAAAGUCUCAGGAUGACGUGGCUGGGCCUGCAGAGAGGAUGAGGAACAUGGGCGCCUCUGUCUACGCCAUCGGCAUCAAGGAUGCAGACAUCAGUGAGUUGGGACAAAUGGCCAGCAGCCCCGCCAGCAAAUUCGUCUACAAUGUGGACGACUUCAGUGCUCUGGCUGGUAUAUCGGACCAAAUCUUGCAGACCGUGUGUGUCACCGUCGAGGAGAUUGUGACAGAAAUCAGAAAGCCCAAAUUUGCUGACAUUGUUUUCAUCAUGGAUGGAUCGGACAACGUUGGAAAAGCAGGCUUUGAGGACAUGCGCAAGGUUGUCUAUAGAAUUGCCAGCAUCCUAGACGUAGCUCCAGACCAAAAUCGGAUCGGAGUGGUGCAGUACAACGAUAAUGGACAUGCAGAAUUUCUGCUCAACACUCACAGCAGCAAGGAGGACGUCCUCAAGAACAUCCGGCAGUUCAGGUUUAAGGGGGGCAUUGCUAACACUGGAGCUGGGAUACGUUUUGCAGAGGAGAGGCUUUUCACAGAGCAAGCUGGCAGUCGUAAAGCCGAGGGUUUUGCUCAGAUUGCCGUUCUUCUAACUGGAAGUGCAUCUCAAGAUGAGGUGGAGCGCCGUGCAAAGGCGCUCAAAGACUCAGGAGUGACUGUAUUUGCACUGGGAGCCAACAAAGCCAACCUUAAUGAGCUGAACCUGAUUGGAAGUGACCCUUCCGCCAACUUCGUCUUCUACCAGCGGAACUUCCGUGGAUUUCUCUCAUCUCUUGCACGGAUCCUGCAGAGCUUCCUAGGUUUAAUUCAGAUCAAUAUUGAAGUCAUCGAAGGAGAGAGAUACGCCGACAUCGUGUUCCUUUUGGAUGACACCGACAAUGUUGGUAGCACUAAUUUCGAGGAACUGCGCAAGCUGGUCAUCAUGCUUACCGAGGGCUUGAAUGUCGGAAAAGACAAGGUGCGCAUCGGCAUGGCCCAGUACGGAAGACAGCCGUCCACAACUUUUUUCCUGAACGCGCAUGACACCAAGGAAGAAGUCGCGGCUGGCGUGCGCAGCGCCGUUUUCCGCGGAGGGCCUCGUGCGAACACGGGCUCGGGGAUGCGCUUCUUGCAGGAGAACCACUUUGUAGAGCAGGCUGGCAGCCGCGUCCGCCAGGGCUUCCCACAGAUUGCCGUGCUGCUCACGGGUAGUGCCUCGCAGGACAAUGCCUCUAUGGGGGCCGAGGCAAUCAAGGGGGCUGGCGGAACUGUGUUCGCCAUUGGGGCCAACCGGGCCCGCCUCGCUGAGCUCAACAGGGUGGCCAGUAGCCCCCCGGAAAAUCACGCGUUCUACGUGAACAACUUCGGGGACCUUAGUGGCCUCUACACACAGCUCAUGGGACGCUUCACCACCUUGUUGCGGAGAGAUGAGGAGGAAGAGGAAGUGGAGAAGCCGUACGCAGACGUCGUGUUCCUGCUGGACAGCUCGGACGCAGUCGGGCGCAAGAACUUCGAGGGGAUGAAGACGUUCGUGGGGCAGAUCGUGGAAUACCUCGACGUCGACGCCAGCAAGGUCCGCGUGGGCCUGGCGCAGUACAGCGAUGCCCCCCGCAACGAGUUUUUCCUGAAUACACAUGGCAGCAAACCCGACGUGCAGGCAGCCAUCCAGCUGGCGCACUUCACUGGCGGUGGAGGUGCCAACACGGGCGAGGCCGUGCGCUCGCUUCUGCAGAAUCACUUCACGGCACAGGCUGGCAGCCGGAAGGACGAGGGCUACACACAGAUCGCUGUCAUCCUGACGGGCAGCGACUCACAGGAUGUGGUGGAGCAGCAUGCAGCAGCCCUGAAGCAGGAGGGAGUGAAGGUGUUUGCGCUAGGAGCCGAACAGGCCCGGCUUCCUCAGCUCAAUGCCCUCGGCAGCCUCCCUUCGGAGCAGCACGUCCUCUAUGCGCCCAACUUCAAAGAACUCUUCAGCUCAUUCGACCGCUUCCUGCAGUACCUCCGGCUCAAAAUACACACUGGCAUCUUAGCUGGAGAAGGGUACGCGGAUGUGGUCUUUCUGGUGGAUGGCUCGGAUGCGGUGGGUCAUGAUAACUUCCGACAUUCACUGGGGCUGGUGAGCCGCGUGGUGGAUGCACUGGAUGUGGACAAGGACCGCAUCCGCAUCGGCCUGGCUCAGUACAGCGGGGAUCCCCGCGCAGAGUUCUUCCUCAGCACACAUGCCGCCAAGAAGGACGUCACUGAUGCCAUCCGUGGCAUCCGCUUUAAAGGCGGACGGUCUGGCAACAUGGGUGUCGCGCUGCAACACCUCAAAGACAACCACUUUGUGGAGGCGGCAGGCAGUCGUGUGAAGGAAGGCUUCCCACAGAUUGCCGUGCUGGUGGCUGGGAGUGGUUCAGGAGAUGAUGUGCUGGCAAAUGCCCAGGCUCUCAAGAAUGAUGGCACUACCGUGUUUGCCAUUGGCGCUGGUGCUGCUAAGUUGGACGAGCUCGUCACGGCCGGCAGUGACCCAGAAAAGGAUUAUGUCUUCUACCAGAGAGACUUUCGCGCGCUGUCCGGCCUCUCGGGGCAGCUCGCCGAAGGCCUUUACUCGCUGAUGAAGCGGGACUCUGAUGAAGAGCAAUGUGCAAAGGUGGACAAGGCAGACAUCGUGCUCCUCAUCGACGGCUCCUGGAGCAUUGGCCUCGCUAACUUUCAGCAAAUGCGUGAAUUCCUCUACUCGAUCGUUGAUGGGCUCACUGUUGGAAAAGAGCAGGUGCGCAUCGGCAUGGCCCAGUUCAGUGGCGACCCUCGGACAGAGUUCCUCCUGAAGACGUUCUCGAGCAAGAAAGACAUCUUGGACUAUAUUAAAACCCUCCCCUAUAAGGGCGGCAAUACCAUGACGGGCAGGGCCCUGGAGUUCAUCUCUGAUAACCACUUCACAGCUGCGGCUGGGAGCAGGAAAGCUCAGAAUGUUCCUCAGAUUGCAGUGGUGAUAACGGACGGCAAGUCUCAGGAUGACGUCGAGGAUGCGGCAGAGAAGCUGCGUAAGCUCGGCAUCGCGGUGUACGCCAUUGGCAUCAAAAAUGCCGACUUCCACGAGCUGCAGGAGAUCGCCAGCCAGCCAUCCUCAAAGUUCACCUACAAUGUCGUCGACUUCUCUCAGCUGAAGGGCAUCGUCUCCGACAUCAUUCAAACCGUGUGCUUCACCGCCGACGAGAUCCAAACUAAUGCCUUUAAUCCAGGAGACUCCGUAAUUGACAUUGACUCGCUCAAGACGAAGUUCGCCGACGUAGUGUUCUUGCUGGACGGCUCGACGGGUAUUCGCUCCGUCUUCGACGAGGUGCGCAAUGUGGCCACCAACAUCGUGGACAAGCUGGACGUGAGCCAGGACCGAGUGCGUAUCGGCGUAGCUCAGUACGGGGGGGCACCACGCUCCGAGUUCGUUCUGCGCACGCACGACAACAAGGAGGCCGUGCUCGCCGGCAUCCGCAGUACCAACGCCAAAGGCGGAGCCCCAAAUCUGGGACAGGGCAUCCGUUUCCUGAUGGAGAACCAGUUUGUGGAGCGAGCUGGGAGCCGUGCAAAGCUCGGCUAUCCACAGAUUGCCGUCAUCAUCUCGGGCAGUGCUUCAACCGAUGAGAUCCAGCAGCGCGCUUCAGUUCUGCGGAAGUCGGGAGUGAAGGUGUACGCUGUGGGGGCCGAGCGCUCCAAGCCCGAAGAGCUCGUCCAGCUCACGGGUGGAGACGCUCGGCUGACCGUCAGCAUGGACCGCUUUAGCGAGUUUGCCUCGCGCUUACCCAAAGUCCUCAAGCGCAUCAACAACCUCGUGGACAAAGACCUGGCGCUGCAGCUUAUGGGAUUAGCACUAGGCUGCCAGCACGUGCCCAAAGCGGACGUUCUCUACAUAAUCGACAGCUCGAGCAACAUGGACGAGCUCAACUUUGAGCGUGCCCGCCGAUUCCUCUUCACGAUGGUCGCGGGCUUUCCCGUGUCAGCGGAUGACGUGCGGGUGGCGGUCGUGCAGCUCGGCGGUGAGCCGGCUGUCGAGUUCCGCCUCGAUACGCACGCCACCAAGUCGGAUGCACUGGACGCGGUGCGCGCCCUGCAGCUCCGUGGAGGGGCCCCCCGCCUUGGCGCCGCAAUUGACCUGUUGCGCAACACCCUGUUGCCGGCCAAUGCCGGCGGGCGCAGCCCCACCAUCCCCCAGGUGGUAGUGAUUCUGCUGGCCGGGAAGCCAGACGAUGACGUGCGCCGGGCAGUGACGGCCUUGCGUAACACCAAGGCCGUGGUCUACGCCGUCGGCCUGCACAACGCUGUGGAUGAUGACCUCAGAGUCAUUGCCAGCGACCCCAAACAGCACCACACAUUCCGCCUCGAUGGGCCCCUGUCCUUCCCCUCCAUGGUCCGCCGUUUGUCCGAGGUGGUGUGCGCCGAGAUUGAGAGCCAAGUGCCGCAAGUCUACAGAGCUGAUUCCAGCAUGUCCUUUUUCCUGCGGGGCAGGCCGCUGUUCACAAAUUGCAAGAUGCAGCGAGCAGACAUUGUUUUCCUUGUGGACACAUCCUAUAGCGUGGGUCCAACUGAGUUGGAAAUGGCCAAGGCCUUCAUGUACUCCCUUGUGAAGAGGUUUGAUGUUGGAAAGGACUACGUCCACUUCGGACUGGCUCAGUACAAUGUCAUCUCGGACAUGGAGUUCUCAUUGACACAGCACUUGGAUAAGGAUUCGUUGCUUAAUGCUAUAACGGCCUUUUCUAGGAAAGACAAUGGAGACACAACAAACAUUGGCCUGGCACUCAGCACUGCAGCCGACAACUUCUUCCGUAGGCAAGUGGGCAGCCGAAUUGACCAGGGCGUGCGGCAGUACAUGCUGGUGAUAACUGACGGGGAAUCUUUUGAUGACAUCACACUGGGAGCAAAGAAGCUGCAUGCCUUGAAUGUGUCGGUGAUGGCCAUUGGCGUUCAGGCCGAAACUGCUUUGCAGCACACGGGUCUGAGCCAGAUUGCCAAACCAAGUGACUUUAUUCGCCUUGUUAGUGACUUCCACGAACUGCCAAAAAUUGAGGAGGAAAUCACCAAGGACAUUUGUCCGGAGGAGGAAGCACCUACAGACGCACCUCUCACCACGCCACCGCCACUGCCACCCAAAACUGGAGACUGCAACCUGGACGUGCUGAUUGGAUUUGACGUGACACAGUUGCGUGGUGGGGACGUGUUCAUCAGCCAACGCCUUCUGGAGAACCAGCUCAGGAGCAUCCUGGCCCGAAUCGCGUUCGCAGACGCGCUGAGCUGCACGGGCAGAGCAAACCCUGUCGUGCGCCUGGGUUUUCUGGCGCCGGGUGCACGGCAGCCAGCCUUCCAGUUGCCGCUACAGGCUUACAGCAAAACCCUUGUUGACUCACUGGGGCCCAUGCGCACUGCGGGUCCCUUCCAGUUCACAGAACAGUCGCUCAUCAUGUUUCUCAAUAAGUUUCAGAAAGAGGCCUAUCCAAACGCUGCCAAGGUGGUCAUACUGUUUACGGAUGGCGUGGAUCAGGAAAUUGAAAAAAUUCAGCGAUCAUCUGAAAAACUUCGUCUUGGAGGUGUGAAUGCGCUGAUCACCGUGGCGUUGGAGGGCACAAAACAGCCCGAGAACCUGCUUCUUUUGGAGUUUGGCCGUGGAUUCCGCUUCCAGCACAUGAACACCGUGAAUCAGCCGGACCUUGACAGUCAACUCGUAAAGGACCUGGACAAUGUGGUAGAGUGGCAGUGCUGUGGGGUUCACUGCAAGUGCUCGGGGCAGUCGGGAAGACGAGGGCAGCAGGGCAGCCGAGGCCAAAAGGGUGAUGUGGGGCCUAGCGGAAUUUCAGGACAUCCAGGAGAAGAAGGUGGAAUGGGAGAACGGGGCCCUUCAGGAUUAAACGGUACACAUGGCUUCCAGGGAUGCCCAGGCCUCAGGGGUCAGAAGGGCUCUCGAGGACUGCCUGGAAGAUUGGGAGAAGACGGUGAACAUGCUCUGGACGGAAUCAGUGGAAAGCAUGGUGAGGCUGGUCGACCUGGAGUUGCAGGUCCAAAGGGGCUUCACGGCAGACAGGGAGGAAGAGGUAUCCAGGGAGAACCUGGGGAAAGAGGCAGUCUCGGGAUUCAGGGAGAUCCGGGACAACAAGGCAUCAGAAGCCAAGUGGCCGGCCCUCCGGGAGACAGAGGCCAACAAGGAAUUGAGGGAGACGUCGGGCGAGACGGAGACGCGGGGGGACGAGGUGAACCCGGAGCUCCUGGCUCAGGCGAUCGCCGUGGCCCAAAAGGGCCUCAGGGUGAGAAAGGGAUUGUUGGUUUGCCUGGACCUACUGGAGCAAGCGGGUCUCCUGGCACCGCGGGCAACAAUGGGCCUGGAGGGAAGCCUGGAAUCAGAGGAGAGGCUGGCAUCCGCGGGCUCAGGGGUGAGCCAGGCUCAGCUGGACCCAAGGGAGACACUGGGAGGGCUGGAACAAGAGGCAGAAAGGGGGAAUCUGGGAUUGUGGGUGACAAGGGCUUACCAGGACCAGCUGGGCCUCGGGGAGAGACAGGAAUUGAGGGACUCGAUGGGAUUGGUGUUCCUGGAGUGAACGGCUCAAAGGGAGACCCAGGAUUGAUGGGCUACCCAGGAUUGCGGGGCAUUGACGGCUCAGAUGGAGAAAACGGCACAAAAGGCUCCAAGGGAAUGAGAGGCCAGCGGGGAUAUUCCGGCCAGUCUGGAGCCGCAGGAAGCACUGGUGAGCCUGGACCUGCAGGCGAGGAGGGUCCCAGAGGUCGAGAUGGAACCAUCCCAAAUGUAUGUACAUUGGUGAAUACAAUCCGAGAAAAAUGCACUUGCUGUCAAGGCAAGCAGGACUGCCCCGCGUACCCCACCGAGCUGGUGAUUGCGCUCGACGUGGCCCAGGGAGCGUCGGCCGUCACGCUGAGCCGCAUGAAGGCCAUCGUGAAGCGUACGCUGCAGGGCCUCACGUUGGCCCGCAGCAACGGGUGCCCGCAGGGGGCGCGUGUCGCGCUGCUCACCUACGACGGCGUCGCGACCACCACGCGAUUCCGCUUCGCCGAGCCACGCAGCCGAGAGGACGCCAUCGCUCGCACCGAUAAUGUGACGUUCGCGGCGAGCGGCGGCGGGGGGCGGCGCGACACGGGCCGGGCCAUGCAGUACGUUGCGCGCAACGCGUUCAAGCGCGUGCGGCAAGGCCGGCUCUUGCGCAAAGUGGCGGUGUUCAUCACCAAUGGACCCUCGCAGAACGCCGACGCCGUCAGUCUCGGAGCGGCCCAGCUGGUGGCCAAUGACAUCACGACGCUCGUGCUCUCCUUCGAGAAGCUGCCCCACAUGACGCAGGCGCUCAAGAUUGACAGUACCAAGCUCUCCAGGGUGGUGGUGCUCCCAGCAGCCCAGGCAACACAAGAAGCAGCACUGGAAAGCGCCCUCAAGUGCACCGUCUGUUUCGAUCAAUGCAACCCAGACGUGCAGUGUGCGGUGACCCCUGGCAAUGUUCCGGUGGAGCUGGCGGCUGACGUCGCCUUCCUGGUGGACGGCUCUAUAGAUGUGGCGCAGUUUGCCAUGGUGCAGCGCUUGGUGAAGAGAGCCAUCGAACAGAUCUCCGUCACAUCCGCGCCGCGUGGCAGCGCACAGUCGCGUCUUUCCCUGCUGCAGUACUCACCAUUUGGAGCCCGUGCCACAGGAGCAGCCACGGAGAGCGCAGUGAAGGUGGAGUUUGGCUUCACUCAGUUUGGUCGGGACGAGUUGUUGGAACACGUGCAGCAGAAGCUGCAGCCCCUGAGCUCAGGCUCCACCACCGUCGCCGGCCCGGCCGAGGCCCUGCAGUGGGUCACCCGCAAUGCCUUCCGAAACGCCACAUUGCCGCGCAAGAAGCGCGCAGUGGUGCUGCUGACAAGCGGGCAGGGCAUGGAUGUGAGUUUGCGCGAGGAGGCUGUGCGCAGCACAGAGGUGGCCACAGGGGCCAUGUGCCAGGGACUGGCGCUGUUUGUCGUGGGGCUGGGCCCUGGUGCGCGGCAGGUGCCGAUCUCCAUGUUCGCCAGCACCCCCGCUGAGAUCCACCAGGUGACAGUGAGCACUGCCGGGGGGGCCGAGGAGGCGUACCUGCAACACCUUCUUCACACAUUCUUCAGCAUACUCAGCCAGGAUAUAUUUGAGUACCCACCUAAAGCCAUGUCGGCAGAGUGUGCGCGGCUUAAGAAGGGUCGCGCAGGGACACCACAGGGGGAUGAAACAGAUCGUGGAGACAUUGCCGAAAUCAUGAGAGAGACUGCAAGUUACGGACAUGUGCAGUCAGAUGCCGCGUCAGCGAACACUGUCCACCUUGCAGAGAGCGCAGCCGAGCAGGCUAGCGAGCCCCAGCACUCGCCAUCACACUCCGCGUUCGAUUCGGGAGUGGAAAGUGCAAUUGGCGGUACAUCAGAGGAAGGCCUGCCAGAGUUCUACUCUGAGGGGGAUUCUCAGGGAAUGGAGGAGGGAGACGCUGGCACAGAGGUGCACCUCACGUCUCCCUCUUCGUCUGCACAACCCGAGGAGCCCACUGGCAACAAGUGCAUGGGCGGGUACGACACCGGCACUGUGUGUAGCAAGUUCCAGGCGUUCUGGUACUUUAACAACGACACGGGAGGAUGCGGCCAGUUCUGGUACGGCGGCUGCGACGGCAACGCCAACCGCUUCCCCACAGAGGAGGAGUGCGUGCGGACAUGCCUGAGCCCCAGUAAAGUGGAAAAGCCUGCUGUGAAAAGCAAAGAGGUGUGCAAGCUGCCGCUCAAUGAGGGCACCUGCCAGAAUUUUGCCCUCAAAUGGCAUCAUGAUGGCACCGAGCAGCGCUGCAUCCAAUUCUGGUACAGUGGCUGUGGUGGCAAUGCCAACCGCUUCGACACAGAGGCUGAAUGUGCAAGGACUUGUCACCAGCCAGAUGUCCGCAUAAAGGUUCUCAAGCUAGAGCAAAGAAGACACAGGAAGAUGAGCCACCCACGCAAUAAUAAGGAUACCAAUUUUUCGUAUUCAUUACUAAGUUUAUUCAAAACCCAAACUCACACACGUCAAUCCUAAACGCAAUCCUUGAUAUAUCGUUCUUUGGAAUGUGCGUUUUAAACACAUUCACAACACAAGUGUUUAUUGGCGAAUUCAGUUCACGUUGUGGCCUUGUUUCUGUGCUUUUGUGGUCAGUGUGGGUACCUAUUGUUAGAUUUUUUUUUAUAAAUUACGUUCAGUCUUUUUUUACUUUGAUAUUUUUGUUGCAAUACAUUACGGUGCUUGGCUACAGCUAGGCAAGGUGUUUGUGAAAACACAAUACCUGUGAAUUUUAUGAAAACAACCGAAAUGGAGUCCUGUGGUUUGUAAUGAAUUAUUUACGUGAUGGAAGUUUGCAGGGCAAAAAAUAGUCACAUUCAUUAAUCACUGUUUUUUCUUUGUGAAAAUUAAAUCAUACGUAAUUAUAAAGGAUGUUCGUCAUUGUAUUUCCAAUCUUAAAUAAUUUGCGAAUCAAGAGGGAAUUGCUCUUUACUAUUUUUAGAAAUAUAUAAAAAAAUGCAUUCACUUUAGCUAAUAUCAGGAAAAUGCAUACCACUACAUUAAUUGUGCCAAGCAAAAUUUGGAAAUGCUGCCGUUUGAUAUUCAAUGGUGGUAUUCAUUGUGUAAAACAAGUGUGGAACUGGCACAUUCUUUGUACACUGCUUCUAAUAAAAACAUGAAGAUCCCAUACUCAGGA